UUGAGAGAGGGGACCAGAGGGUCUCUCAGCAAGAGAAGGGUAAUAAAAAGGGGAUCGUUUGAACAAGAGAGUGACUGUGUAAACAAAGGGAACUGGGUGGGGGUUGUGUUCUUUGGGACUCAUCACUUGUCUUCAACACACCGCUCCUGCAGCACUAUAGGACUCCUGGAUGGAGAGGGAGCAGGGAGAGGUAAAGGCAGAUCGCCUGGAGGGCCCAGACCCACUCUCUGACUCAGAGAGAGAGAUGAUCAAGGACACCUGGGCCAAAGUCUACCAGAACUGCGAUGAUGUCGGGGUGGCCAUUCUCAUCAGGCUCUUUGUGAACUUCCCCUCCUCCAAGCAGUACUUCAGCCAGUUCCAACAGGUGGAGGACCCUGAGGAGCUGGAGAGGAGUGCCCAGCUCAGGAAGCACGCACGCAGGGUGAUGAACGCCAUCAACACCCUGGUGGAGAACCUCCAUGACGGGGACAAGUUGGUGUCUGUGCUGAAGCUGGUGGGCAAGGCCCAUGCACUCAGACACAAGGUGGAGCCUGUCUACUUCAAGAUCCUGUGUGGGGUGAUUCUGGAGGUGCUGGGUGAAGACUUUCAAGAUUACAUCACUCCAGAGGUGGCAGGGGCAUGGACCAAACUGCUGGAUGCAGUCUACUGGCACGUGACAGGCGUGUAUGAGGAAGUGGGUUGGGCCUCCAGUUCUGCUGUGUGAACCAUCUGUCUGUCUGGGUCAAAGUGACCGUCAGUGACUACUGUGGACUCCCGGAGACCGACUGCUACUGGGCCUUGGUUUAGGAGUAGGACAAUCUACGUCUGACCAUUCAAGGGAAGAAAUGUAUCUUUCCAGAGCUCAUAGAAUCUUCCUAUGUAUCAUCAUGGCUCCCUCCCUGUAUCUUUCCCAUGCCCCAUUGUGGGGUGUGUUCUUCUGAUAGACUCUCUUAUGAACGAUGGGGUGGUGGUUUGUGCUGACUUUGGUUGGAAUGUGUGAAUGGGUAUAUGUUUAUCUGCAUUUAUGUUUGAGGUAGAGCAUAAGCCCUACACAGACUAAUAUAAUCUUGGAUGUUUCUUCAGUUACAUUACCAAGAGAUUAUGUUGAAGAUUGAGGAUUGGCAGAUAUAAGAACUGUAUGUAAUGUCAUAGAGACAGUCUACAAGUACACUCCCCUACACAUGUUUUUAUCUUUACACCAAAAACAUACAUACAGGGGAGUGUAUGUCUUCUGCUAAUCACUCACUUGUUAACCUGGGUUGUGCCUUUCUUUAUCCCUAACACUGGCAUCAAGGCCUUCGUUCAUUUCAUAUGAUGCUUUGCUGGUGUUUCCUGUACAGUAUAUUGUACUUCAGAAUCAGAUCCACUUCACUCUCUCUCACCUCGGACUGAUACAAAAUGAGAAAUAACUUGUGAGGUGUGGUGUCCACAUUUAAGCAAUGUAAAUGUUUCUUAUCAAUCCCUGUAUCUGUAUAAUAACAUAUUAAACCAAAACAAUUAUGAGAUCUAUAAUGGACGUCAUGAUCCUAUUCAUCCCAUGCUCCUAUUACAUGCAUAUUAUUCUUAA